UGCAUUAUCUGUUCGUCAACAAUGUAAAGUGAAAUGUUUUCGAAGAAUUUUCAGUGAAUGUGAUGAAUAAGUGUAGAUCUCUAUGUUGGAAUAAAAACUAGGAGAAUGGAGGAAUCCAACGAAGAGUAUAACGUAAUUCCAGAACUCUACUUUCUGAUAGCGAAAUUUCUGUCUGGUGGUCCACUUAAGGAAACUGCAAAGACACUGCUGAAAGAGCUCGAGACGAUCGAGGUGCUGCCGCGGCGACUGGACUGGCUGGGAACCGAACACACACAGUCCUAUGAGGAACUUGCAAGCCAGCACUCCGACGUGCAGUGGCGGCGGCUGGCGGCCGUGUGCGAGCGCGCGCUGCGGCUGGCCGGGCGGGGCGCGGCAGACGGGCGCCCGCCCCGCGACUCCGUGCGCGCCCGUCUGUCGCUGCUCGGAGAGGCGCUGGUGCGACCCCGACCGCAGCUGCCCUGCUCCGCACAGGAUCAUUCGCUCGUCCGGCGGCUGAUGUACCGGGAGCUGGGGUGCGGGGCGCGCGCGGGUGUGGCGGGGGACGCGAGCGGCAAGGAGGCCGUGUUCCCGCGCCGGCUGCUGUCCGGCCUGCAGCUGCAGCGCCGCACGCUGGGCCACCUCUCCGCGGUCUACUGCCUGGUCUUCGACUGCACCGGACGUUACGUCAUCACGGGCGCGGACGACCUGCUAGUGAAGGUGUGGAGCGCGCGGGACGGGCGGCUGGUGGGCACGCUGCGCGGGUGCGGCGCGGAGAUCACGGACGUGUGCGUGUCGCGGGACGGCGCGCUGGUGGCGUGCGGCUCGGUGGAGCGCCUGGUGCGGGUCUGGUGCCUGGCCUCGGCCGCGCCGCGCGCCGUGCUGCACGCGCACCAGGGGACCAUCACCUCCGUGCACUGGUCGCCGUGCUUCCGCGGCGGCGUGCGGUGGCUGGCCUCCACGUCCACGGACGGCUCGGUGGCCUUCUGGACGUGCUCGGGGGAGGGGCAGUUCCUCUCGCGGCCCGUGCACUUCGUGGAGCGCACGCGGCCCGGGGCCUGCCACAUGAUCUGCGGGGCCUGGUCCCCCGGCGGAGCCCUGCUCGCCGCCGGCAGUGCGGACCACCACGUCAGGCUGUACGCGCUGGAGCCCUCGCCUAGGAGGAUACUAGAGGUGGCGGUGCACAGCGACGCCGUGGACAGCAUCGCGUGGGCGCACCGAGGUCUGAGGUUCGUCUCCGGUAGUAAGGACGGCACGGCGGCCGUGUGGAGCCUGCACGCGACGCAGUGGCGCCACGCCAUGCUGGUGCCCGCGGACCACGCCGGGGACGGGGCCGCCGCCGCCGGGGACGCCAAGAAACUCAAGGUGACCAUGGUCUGCUGGGACCGCAGCGACCGGUUCGUGGUCACGGCCGUGUCGGACCACACGCUGCGCGUCUGGUGCGAGCGCGGCCGGAUGCUGCGGGUGCUGCGCGGACACAAGGACGAGGCCUACGUGCUAGAGCCGCACCCGCGCCUGCCCGCCGUGCUGCUGUCCGCGGGCCACGACGGCCAGCUGUUCGUGUGGGACGUCGAGAACGGAGAGGUGCUGUGCAACUUCCAGAACACCAUAGCGGGGCAGGGCGAGGGCGCGGUGUUCGACGCGAAGUGGGGCGGGGACUGCUCCGUGGCGGCGUCCGACUCGCACGGACACGUGCUGCUGCUGGGGCUGGGCCAGGGACACCCGCUGCUGCACGAGCUGCCGCACGAGCUGUUCUUCCACACGGACUACAGGCCGCUCACCAGGGACGCGCUCGGCGGCGCACUGGACGAACAAACUGAGACCCCCCCUCACCUGAUGCCACCUCCGUUCCUGGUGGACGUGGAAGGGGCUCCGCACCCCGCGCGCUUCCAACGCUUGGUUCCGGGCCGCGAGCUGUUGGCGCCCGAGCUGCUCUCCCCCGCCGGGGCCUCGCCCCCCGGUGGGGCGGCACCCGCCCCUCCCGGGGUGUGGAGGGGAGAAGGCGUAAGGCACGCGGGGGGAUCGUGGCUAGCGGACGCCUUACAACUACCCCCCUCUUGUAGACCCAUAGUCCCUCCCCUGCCUAGCUCCGUCAGGCAACAGAUUGAAGAGACUAGCUGCGAGGUCCAGGAGUGGGAGCUGAGUUGGUAUCGACGCGAGAUGAGGCGGCGCCCCGUGAUGAUCUCGACGAGCGCGGAGGGGAGCGCCCGGGGACCGCCGCGGCCCCGCAAGCGAGCCCCCCUGGUGCACGCCCCGCGCCCCGCCGCCCAGGUGUGGAGUGCGUCGGAGGCGGAGAGCGCGUCCGGCUCCGACUCGUCGGAUCCCUCCGUUCGGCUGUCCGCCUCGUCCGCGCCGCCUUCGGACUCCUCCAGCUCGCACUCCGGGACCCGCAGCGACGAUUCGGAGUCGUCCCAGUACUCGGACUGGGAGACCGGCGCCGCCCUCGCGCCCCCCGCGCGCGCCCGGCGGCGGCCCCUCCCCGCCGGCAGGUACCGGGGCGGACCGUCGCGCAGCAAGCGGCCGCCGCCCCCCCGCAGCGAGGAGGGCGAGCCCCGGGACCGCAGCCCGGGCACCUCCGCGGUGGGCCGUCUGGAGCUGCCCGAGGAGUACCGCCCCGGCGAGUGGCUGACGGCCGUGUCUCCGCGGAAGGCUCCAUACCAUCCUCAGAUGGGGGACCAGUGUUUAUACUUCAAGCUGGGUCAUCAGAAAUACUUCGAGGCCGUGUCCGAGAAGGACGUGUACAAAGUGAAUCCCCGGGACAAGCCGUGGGAGAGGACGCAGAUAUACGACUGCGAGCUGGUGAAGGUGGUGGGCGUGAAGUACGUGAUCAAGCCGCCGCGGCUGGUGUGUCUGCGGCUGUCGUGUCUGGAGGGCGCGCGGCCCCGCUCCUUCACCGUCAAGUACCACGACAUGGCUGACGUCAUCGACUUCCUCGUCCUGCGCCAGCAAUUCGACGCGGCGGCCGCCAGGAGGUGGAACGCGGGGGACAGGUUCAGGUGUAUGAUAGAUGACUCGUGGUGGACAGGCGUGGUGCUGGAGGGCGGAGUACCCGCGCCGGGCGACCUCGCCACUGAGGGGGCGCAGGCCUGGGGUGCCGCGGCCGCCGCUCACUUCUUGGCGCUGCGGGUACGCUGGGACAACGGAGAGGUCGAGAGACUGUCGCCCUGGGACCUCGAGCCGGUUGACCCGCACAGACUACCGUCGGAGCCGGGCGGCGCGGUCAGCGUGCUACCGCACGAGCUGGAAGCCGUCCUCUACCGCGCCGCACCCCACGAGUGGCCGCACGCCGACCGCACGAUCGCGUGCCGUGCCAUUGCACGCCACGUGGAACAGGUGAUGCAGCUGUCGGCCGCGGAACCGUUCGUGGCGCCGGUGGACCUACAGCAGUACCCGACGUACGCGCGCGUCGUGCCUUACCCCAUCGACCUGGCCACCAUCCGCGCCAGGUUCGAGAAUCUGUUCUACCGGCGCGCGGCGGCGGCGCAGUUCGACGUGCGCUACCUGGCCAGCAACGCCGAGCGGUUCAACGACCGCCACUCCGCCAUCGUGCGCCAGGCGCGCCUGCUCACUGACCUGCUGCUGCACGUCAUCGAGAACUGGCGCGAGGUGCACGUGCUGGACAAGUACCACGAGCUGGCGGCCAGCUACCACUCCUCCGACGACGAGCCGCUCGCCGUCGCCAAGGCGGGCGGCUGGCGGCGGUGCUGCGCGCGCGUGCUGCGGGAGCUGCUGGUGUCCCCGGACGCGGAGCCCUUCACGCGGCCCGUCUCCCUGCAGCAGGCGCCUGACUACCACGCCGUGGUGUCGGAGCCGAUGGACCUGGGCACGGUGCAGCGCGGCCUGGAGGCGGGGGACUACUCCUCGGCGGAGCAGUUCCUGAGCGACGUGCGGCUGGUGUUCGCAAACAGCAGGCUCUACAACACCAAUAAGCGGAGCCGGAUAUACUCCAUGACGGUCCGACUGUCGGCGCUGUUCGAGGCGCUGUGGGUCCGGCUGGGCCCACGCGCCCCACGCACCCCACGCCGCGCCCCACGCACGCGCCGGCCCCCCCGCGCCCCCCGCACCAGGAACGAACACGGAGAGCGGCGCGGCGAGGGCGCGGCCUCUGACUCCAGCUCCGAGCGUGACUCCUGGGACAGCGACGCGCCACUGCACAAACACCGCAAGGGCAAGGGCAUCGGCAAGAAGAGCAAGCCCCCUCCCCCCGCCGCGGAGCCCCUUCCGGGGACCAGCAGCAGGCUCACGGACGACGAGGCGUACGUCCCCGAGCAGAACGGAGUCGCGAGCGGCUCGGACUCGGAGAGCGUGUACUCCAACAUCGAGGUCGUGGAGGAGGAACUGGUCGAGGAGGACGUGCACCUCACCUACGACGAGGGCAGCGACCACCUCACCAGGGCCGACGGGAGUGGCAGCAGGGGUAGCAGGAAACGUCGCAGGAUCAGUUCGGACAGCGACCGCAGUUCGCGGCGCAGGAAGAGGAAGGAACAGCACGGCAAGCGGGUCCGGGAGCGGGUUGUCGCGGCGUCCAGCUCGUCGUCCUCGUGGGGGUCGGCGGAGGGGGAGGAGGGGGGCGCCGAGGGGGGACACUACGAGUCGGACCGCUCGUACCGGCCGCGGUUCGAGUCCGACGACGACGCGCCGCUGCACCUCUACCGGCGGCGCGCGGGCGGCGCGGGCGGGGAGCAGCCCGGCACGUCGCGAGCGCAGAAUGGACACGCGAGGGCCUCGGGCUCUGGCGUGUCGCUGCGGUCGCGCCGGUCCCCGCGCCGCUACAACGAGGACAGCGAGGACGACUCCGCCGCCGUCAUCAGCAAGCGCUCCCAGCACCACCACCGCGCCAGGACGCAGAGCGCGGCGCCGCACGCCACGGACCACGACUACUACAACGGACACGCGUCCGACCACAGCGGGCUCGCAGCGGUUGGCGCAGUGUCCGUGUCGUCCCGGGGCAGGGUCCGCAAGCUGACGGCCAAGGCGCGCGGAUUGCUCCGGGAAUAGCAGCGGCCGUCUCCCUCCUCCUGGUGGCCGCGCCGCUAGCGGGGGGGCGGGGGGGGCGCGUGACGUCAACACUCACUGAUACGUGAGAUUAUUUCUGUUUGUCGCGGCAAACGAAACUAUCUGUUCAUGUGGUUAUUUACUGAUAUUAAUUCAUUUCACGACACGUGAGCGCGCGUGAGCCCGCGGAUGGUACACCCAUACAGAACAGUAAACGCGGCUUGUAGAUAUUUCGUGUGUACAAUGAAUUUGUUGCUGUUGACGAUCAAAAUCAGGCGAGACACACACUUGUAAUUUAUAAACACAAUAAGCCAUUUCUUAAACGAAUGUGUCCUUUAAAUUGUUCUAUCGAGGAGCCCGACUCGACUGUGAGCCUUGUGCCCCGGGAAUAGAGUCGAGAACUGUUCGGAUCUAGUAUUUGGAAUCUCAGACGCUCGGAGUUGUCAACGAGCGACAUCCGACGUUAUGGCUCCGUCGUCGACGAGAACUGUACAAGUAACUGUAAAGUAAAUGAAUUGUUAAUUAUUGUGUCGGCUGCGGCGCGGGGGUUUGGGGCGGGGGGACAGUGCGCGCGCGUGUGACGACAGUACGUCAAUUCUGGAACAACGAGCUUACUGCGUCCGGUCGCACUGUGGUGCGGGGUCGUUGAACUGUGUUCUGUACUUGUGAGAUCAUGUAAAUAUAGUUUUAAGAGGAAUUGUUUGUGUGUCUGUCUGUGUGUGUGCGACGUAGAGUAUCACACCGAGCUACGAAUAAAUAUAUUUUGUAAAAUAAA